GUAGCUACAUUGCAAAAAGGUGUUGGUGAAGCAAUAAUAGUUGAUGAUGAGAAUACCGAAUUGGUUAACUCCUAUUUUAUAUCUGUCAUCUUUCAGAAAGGAAAUGGAAUCCUGGUUGAUCAUAGUUCUGUUACUGGAGAAGAAAAAAGUGCAACUUACAAUAGAGAAUGUAAGAGAAGGCUUAGCUAAAUGAAUCCAAGUAUUUAAGACCAGAUAAAUUGCACCCCAAGGUAAUGGAAGAACUGGCAGAGGAACGUUCACAUCCUUUCGUGGUAAUCUUUAAGAAUUACUGUAGAACUGGUGGUCCCAAAAGAUUAGAGGAGAACAAAUACCAUAUUCAGAAAGGGAAAAAAGAAGGACCUGGGCAACUACAGGUUUCAUUUUGACAUCUCUUCUGGGAAAGGUCCUUGAAAAGCAGUUCAUUUGUGAGUGGGAUGGGCAUACUACAAUUAAGAGGAGGCAGCAUGAGAUUGUCACAAACAAUUCACAUCUGCUGAAACUUAUCUUUUUCUCUGAUAGACUUGUCAACUUAGUAGACUGGGGAAUACCAUAGAACUAGUAUAAUGUCAAAUCAACCAAAUGUUAGAUUUAGCCUGCAGUAAAUUCAAUCAUGCUAUCCCUAACAGACAGAAAUGCUUGAGGAAAUAUAAUAGGAAAAAGUAGAGGAAAAGAAUGAGUCCUGAGAUUACUUUGAAGAUGAGCAGGGGAUUGAAAGAAGGCAACAUUAUCCAUUUAUGCUGCCAGAAACAGUUGUUUGCCCAUGCUGUUGAUGGGGCAACCUAGCAGUCCAGGUAAGUCCUUAAUCAUAAUAUUUAAGUGUAGAAUGUUUUUCCUACUGUCUGCAACAAAACUUUUGGGCAUUACACUCUAGCUAAAUAGAUGUUUAAUGCCUUUCACCAGGAAAAAACUGAAGAAAUGCCCAUGCUUCUCUUUUUUUUCUUGACUGAAAUGUUAGAGAUUCUGCUGAUCAUUUUGAAUCUGAUUAAACAGCUUCUUUCCACAAGCUGAUCAUGUCAGUUUACAAAAUUCUGUUGUGUAAUCCAAUAUUAAUCAAAAGAAUGUUUGUUUUGUCCUCUCAGAAAAAGCAGUUCCACCCUUCCACACAGUCUUGCAACAUACUUUACACAUAUCCAUUACAGUACUGUGCCAUCUGCAUUUCAAAGCAAUUUCUUCAAUGCAACUUAUGUAAGCCUGUGAAAUCGAAGGGGACUUUGAAGGGGACUUCUGAAAUGAGGAGAAGUCUGGUACUUUAACCUACAUACCUUUUUAAGGAUAAUUUUUGACUCCAGAUUUAAUUCUUAGGAGUGCUUGCUCAUAGCUGGAGAUACAAGCUGACAAAGUCUUGCAUGAAGAAAAGUACUGGAGAACUUGAAAGUUUGUGUACUUUUUAAGACAUCUAAAUUGUCGUAAUAAAGCCUUCCGGUGCUAUGGAAAAUAGGUUGACUCCCUCCUCUCUCUGGCAGCUCCUCAAAUAUUGGAACAUUGCUAUCAUGUCAUCCCUGGUCCUUCUCUUCACUAGACUGGCCAUCUGGGAAUUCUAAUAGACAACAAGAAAUCAUGGUGAAAAAAGUAGCCAUUGUUGGAGCCGGUGUGAGUGGACUGACUUCCAUUAAGUGCUGCUUGGAAGAGGGACUAGAGCCAACCUGUUUUGAGCAGAGUGAUGACAUAGGGGGAUUGUGGCGAUUUACAGACUAUGUUGAAGAUGGAAGACCCAGCAUGUACAGGUCAAUGGUUAGUAACACCUCUAAGGAGAUGUCUGCCUUCACAGAUUUUCCAUAUCCAGAAAACUUUCCAGCCUUUUUAUCCCAUCACCAACUCCUGGAAUAUCUGAGGAUGUAUACAAAACAUUUUGAUCUCCAGAAAUGCAUUCAAUUAAAAACAAAAGUGAUCAGCAUAACAAAGUGUCCUGAUUUCUCUAACACUGGCCAGUGGGAAGUUGUUACAGAGGCCAAUGGGAAGCAGAACUCAACCAUUUUUGAUGCUGUGAUGGUUUGUGUGGGCUAUCUUACUGAGCCUUUAUUGCCACUCAAGAGUUACCCAGGUUUAGAAAAGUUUAAUGGUCACUAUUUUCACAGCCGGGAAUACAAAACUCCAGAGAUAUUCAGAGAUAAAAAGGUACUUGUGAUUGGCAUGGGGAAUUCUGGAGUUGAUAUUGCUGUAGAAGCCACUCAAACAGCAAAAAAGGUGAUGAUCAGCACAGAAAGAGGUACUUGGGUAUUGAGCCGUGUUUUUGAUAAUGGCUACCCCUGGGACAUGGUGUUUCUAAGUCGUUUUUUGAAUAUUAUCCGAAAUAGCCUUCCUGGACGUAUCACAACAUGGAUGAUUGCAAACAGAGUGAACCAGUGGUUUAACCAUGCAAACUAUGGCUUAAUUCCCCAAGACAGGAGUGUGAUGAGAGAACCUGUAUUAAAUGAUUUACUUCCUUCAUGCAUUAUCACUGGAAAGAUCUCUAUUAUGCCUGCAGUCAAAGAGUUCAAAGAGAAUGCUGUUGUGUUUGUAAAUGCUCCCAUUGCAGAGGAAGUAGAUAUUGUUGUCUUUGCCACUGGAUACAAAGCUUCUUUUCCCUUCAUUGAUGAAUCAAUCCUCAAGGUUGAAAACCGUCAUGCUUCCUUGUACAAAUACAUCUUUCUUCCUCAACUAGAGAAACCAACACUAGCCAUUAUAGGCUUCAUCAAACCAUUUGGUGCAGUCAUGCCAGUUGUAGAAAUCCAAGCACGUUGGGUCACACGUGUCUUUAAGGGUUUGUGUAAAUUGCCUCCACCCAAAACCAUGAUGGAAGAAAUCAAUGAAAAGAAAAAAAACAAAGUCAACUGGUUUGGCUUGUCCUUUGAUGAAGUCCUGAAAACAGAUUGCCUUGUGUACUGUGAUGAACUAGGUUCCUUCAUUGGUACAAAGCCUAGUGUGCCAGCUCUACUUCUCAAAGAUCCCAUACUAGCAGUGAAGAUUUUCUUUGGCCCCUGCUCUCCCUACCAGUAUCGUCUGACUGGACCAGGAAAGUGGAAUGGGGCCAGAAAUGCCAUCCUGAACCAGUGGGAACGAGUCCUGAAGCCCAUAAGAACCCGAGUUGUGGAAGAUUCUUUGAACUGCUUCUCUUGCUUAUUGAAAGGGCUUGCCAUAUUUGUUAUCUUGGUUGGAAUUUACCUUAGUUUCAAUUAGUUUUUGCAGACCAUUUUGGGACAACCAAGGUGCAAAUUUCUGUUUUUAAAAAGGAUGUACUACUCCAGGUACCUCUUCAAAAAGUUAGCGUUCUCUAAACGUUAUUACAAAAUAUUAAUUUUGCAUUUAUUACUUGACCAGAUAGUAAUCACGUUUGAUUUUACUUAAAAUUACGUUAAUUACAUUUGAUUUUACUUAAAAGUAAAAGAAGAUGUAAAUGUUGACCUGACCCAGUUAACUAUUUUUUUAAAGGGCAGCCUUGGUAUGCCACCCAAAAGCCAUCAUCUAGCCUUCAGCUUUAGCCAUGACAUUUUCUUGAGUUUAUUAUAGUCAUUUGGGUAAUAUAAAAAAUCCUGCUAGAAUAUAUAAAAGUUUCAACUAAUCGAUAUUUCUGUGGCCAGAAAAGUAGGACAUGAUUAAAGUUCCUGUUCCCCAAAAGCCAGUACUCAGACCCAUUGUGAUUAAUAUUUAUUGAUAGACUUAAUUUUCUAAUCCCCUUCAAAAUCACUCAGAUUCAACUGUACAUUGUUUGAGUAAAGUCCAUAUUUCAUGUGAAGGAUCCCACUCUUCUUUCUAAAAGCAAAACAAUUACAUUGCUUUCCUUUCCUUUGCAUUGCUCUUAUUUCAUCUGGCAAUUCUAGUUGCCUAAGAGGUUCCUAUGCUUGUGUAGACAUCUCUUCCUGCCUGUCAGCCUUUCAAGGUAAUCCAGGCAGGAAACCAAAACAUGAGUACUAAUGCUACCUUUAUUGUAAAGUUACAAUAAGAGAAUCUUGCAAGUCUAAAAGCAUUUUCCCCUCCCUUGCUUUUACUUUCCACAGAAUUAGGAAGAGUCCUUCCUGGUAGGUUGCAUUCCACCUGCAUUUGCCGUUUGGCCUCAAAUUUUGUUUAUCAGACCAUUGUUUAGACAGCAGCUCUUCCUUCUGUCUUGCAAAGCUAUUUUCACAGCCCAUUACAUCACCUUUAUAGUCAACACCUGAAAGAAUCAGAGGCUUUGGUGCAUUUAUAUUACAGGUAGUCCUUGACUUACAAACAUUUGUUUAGUGACCAUUCAUAGUUAUGUCGUCACUGAAAACAAUGAUUUAUGACUGUUUUUCACCCUUAUGACUGUUACAGCAUCCCCAUAAUUACAUGAUCAAAAUUAGGUCACUUGGCAAUUGGCAUGUACUGUAAUUAUGACCAUUGCAGUUUCCUGAAGUCAUGUGAUCACCUUUUGCAACUUCUGACAAGUAAAGUGAAUGGGGAAGCCAGAUUCACUUAUCUAUUGUAUUACUAACUUAACAACUGCAAUGUUUCACUUAGCAACUGUGGCAAGAAAGGCUGUAAAAUGGGGCAAAACUCAUUUAAGAACUGUCUUGCUUAGCAACAGAAAUUUUGGGGUAAUUGUGGUCAUAAGUCAAGGGCUACUUGUAUUGGAACUGCCAGAUGAAACUUCAAGUCAGUAUGAACCAUUCUGAUGUGAGUUACUGCCAUGUCACUAUGGUAUCAAGCACCUCUUCAAGGGCAAAUAUAGCCACUUCACGAAGUUUAUUAACUAUAGUAGUUAAUGGAUUGAACUUACUAUUACCCUUCGUCUCUCUGCUAACUGUGUGUCAUGUCUCAUAAUUCUGGAUCCUCUGAGCAUUGAUUUUCAGCUUUUUAAAAAAACAUUCAUUGGUACCCUAAUGAUUUUAGGUGAGUUAGAACUUGGAGAUGAGAGGUAUAUUAUUAGUCAGAUGUAAAAAAUGGUAAUUUUCCAAUAUGCUGCUUCUAUAAUCCAAGCGUGGGUUAUCUCUCAUCUAUUUGCCAGAGAGUGAGUGUAGAUUUUUUUCCUUCCUGUUGACCAUGCCUCCUCUGCUCUGCUGAGCUUCAGUUUUUUUCACUCAGUCUAGCUAGAGAGGUGUGUGUAUUGUUGUUCUGACAACUAGAUAGAGUAGAUUGUUCCAGUUUGGAUUUUCUACCAGUGAAGCUGAAGACGAUUUAAGAGUUGAGGACUUGUUUCACAGGGCAACCUUUGGCUCAUUCCUGUUUUCCUCAGCUGCCGGCGGUGGCAGCUGAGGUCAUCCUUGGGGCUCCAGGCUGGCCGCCACCGCCCCGGACUAUCUUUGGCAGCAUCUGGAGGGGUGUCCCUCCCAGGGCUCCUCCGGACAGCAAGUGCUUGAUUCCUUGUUGUUCUCUUGCCGCCGGUGGAUGAGCUGGUUUCCCGGUCCGCCGGUACAACCACCACCACCUCACAGUGCUGAUCUUGUGGGCGGCUCCAGAGUCACUGCCCGGUCAGCCAUGGCAAACUCCAAGGAUUUUGACAGCUUCAGGGCGCUGGGAGGGCUAUCGGAGUCUUGUGUCUAAUUCUUGGCUUGUUGCACUGCAGAGAGUUUCUUUCUUUCCUUCCCUCCAACUGUAAGUGCUGGACUGCAGGGGCACUUUGAGAGCCAUACUUUGCUCUUGUACUAUAAAGAAACUUCAUAAUUGUCAAGCUGAGGCAGUGGAGGGAGAGCAAUUUCAGCUCUCACCCCGAAUUUGGGGGGCAAUUAAGCAAAGCAGUGCUUAGGGAGUCAUUUCACUCCCACGCAUUCCAGAUACAAGUAGGUCAUUCGGGCAGGCACUGGGAGAGUGGUUUCUUGCUGCUCUUGCACCGUUUUGCAACUGUGGUGGGCCGCAGUCGCUAACAGACUGUUUCUUUGAAUGUUGUGCCAUUUUCGUAAUGGCCAGUGGAUAGCCUCAGCGAAGACGAGCAGCUGCGCUGGGUGGGUAAUUGUGCUCUCUCACUAAGCCACUUCAGUGGCCACCUAAGGUGUAACUUAUCUGGCUAUUUUGUCCUAGGAUUACCACAGGCUUGUCUUUUGUUGUUGUUGUUGUUUCCUUUUAACUUCUGGUUUAACUGCAAGAGCCUUUUUCUAUAGGCUGAUCAGUGUUGCCAGGCAAACUUUUGAUAUGGCAGACCCUGUCUUAUCUUCAGUCAUUGAGCAGCCUGACAGCCUCCCCAAAGAUCACAGGGCCAAAAAGCCUGGUCAUAAGUCUUUUAAGGCUACAACCAGGCAUACUGCAGGCAGGAAUAGGCUGUUCUGUCCCCCACCUCAGUCCAGGAGGUACGUGAACUGACUCAAUUAGCCAGCAAUUUAGUCCACGGCAACUAUCAGCUCUGGCAGCAAACCAGUGUUCGUCUGCCAAGGUUUUCUUAUCUCCUUGAUGCCGGCGUCGCAGAACUCAUUACCGGAGCAACCAGGAAGUCAGGAGCAAACAGCAAUGCAGGCCAAAUGCUUGGUCAGAUAGUUCAGCUCAAGUGUUCUCCAGUCAGUUGAUUUGUUCGUCACGAAGUAGUAUAUGGGUUAUGGUUUUUAAUUGGGGUUUUAUUAUUGAUUUUUAAUAGUUUUAAUGUUUAGCCAAAUUUGAAUUAGAUUUUUAUAGUGUUUUUUAAUCUAUUUAUGUAUAUUGUUUUAUGCUGGCUGUAAACCCCCCUGAGUCCUUCAGGAGACGGGCGGUAUAGAAAUUUAAUAAACUAAACUAAACUAAACUAACUAACUAUAGCAGCCCCUCCUGUUUUUAUACCCUGUGGGGUGUGGCUCUGUGAUUCAGCACUUUCUAGGCCUGCCCCACCCCUGCUUCUGUUGUUCCCGCCUCUCUUGUCUACAAAACCUGGGAUCUAACUAGGGCUGAUUGUCCACAGCUGGGUCUGGAAGCAUUUCCUGGGUGAGGGGAGAUACAGGAGACAGAGGCCUUGUCACCUCCUCCACCUGGCCUGCCUCUGGCUCCUGGAGCUGAGCCAGAGAGGCCAGCCCUGCAGAAAGGAGCCCUGACAGCCCUUCUCCCUAACUCUCUGAGUCACUUUCUGGCAGGGGGCCAGGCCCGGGGGGGGGGCUGGAGCCACAACAUAGGCCUUCACCUCCUUUGCCGUCUAAAAGGUCUACUAUUCAGACAAAGGCACUAAAAGGCAUCAUAAGGCCUUGGAAAGGCAAUUUACCAAGGCUCAAUGGAAGGCCCACAGUACGCAACUUCAGUUGCCUCUAACACUGAAGCAGUCUUGCCUGGAUCUGAGAACUUACCUCAACCAAUAUCAGAACAGUUCCAGAGUUGGUCUUUAGAGGGGGAGGGGCAGCACCAACAGUUUUCCUUCAGGGGUUCCUAUGAUGAACUGUUUACCUUCCCAGGUGUAACAAUGUCAGGGUUGCAAGUUGCGCCCCCUACUAAACAUUUGGCCACAGAGGACAUUCACCCCAAUACCAGCAGGCCUCCACCUGGGGGAAGGGCAGGGUACCGCCUUGUCCCUGAACAUUCAAAACUUUAUUGCUAAGACAAUCUCAAAGCCAUGGCAACUGGCUUCCAACAGGGAGGUCAUUUCCCUCAAGGACUGCCAAUCUACAGCCACAGGUUCAAGCAUCUAUGGACCCAAGGCCAGGCUCCCUCUCAAUAGGAUUCCAUGCAUAGCGCAGAUUCCUUGUGGGGAGACGAUGAUAUGGGAGACCUAGAGUUCUCGGAGGAUGAAUGGCUGUUGCCUUCACCUGAACAGGAGUUUAUUCCAUGCCCAAAGCUCUUUGCUGAAGUGAUCCAAAAGCAAUGGAAUCAACCGGGUUCCUUGACUGCGCCUAGCAGCCAUGACAAAAAGCUUUACUAUAUGGUUCCAGAUUUAGAAGGGAUUUUGCAGCUUCCCUCUGUAGACACUCCGGUUGCUAAUUUGAUGUCUUCCACUGUUUUUUCCAAUGACAUAAUGUAGCUAUUGAAAACGGAGGAUAGGAAAGCAGAAGUAUCAUGCCAAAAAACUCAUUAGGCGGACUCAUGGGCCAACAGGGCCGCAACGUCAGCGUCCUUUUUCAACCGUUCAUCCUUGAUAUGGCUUCACCAAUUACUGGACUGGCUACCACCUGAUGAUACAAGGUUACACCAAGACAUUAAUAAAUUGGUGGUAGCCACCAAAUAUUCUGCUGAUGCAUCCUUGGAUGUGGCGAAAUUCGCUUCAUGGGCUUUGGCAUCAGCCGUGACUUCCCACCGCCUUUUAUGGCUUUGCUAUUGGAAGGCGGAUAUGAAAGUGAAGUGGAGGCUCGUGUUGGCUCCAUACAAGGGGUCCAAUAUUUUUGGGGAAGCAUUAGACCCUUUACUUAUUGAAAACAAAGACAAAAGAAAGGUGCCAUCCACUUGUAGGAAGCCGGAUCGUAGAUAUUCACCUUACUCACAGACAGCCCUUUUGGACUGACUCCAGACCCAGUAGGUCCUAUUUCCAAUGGCCUUACACCCAGGGGUUCGACCGGUCGGCAGAUAGGUCUACAUUCCGGAAUUGGGGUAGACCUCAACCUCCAGCUAAACAGCCAUUUUAUGGGACCGGAAACAGACCUUUCAUGCGUGGCAAGUGACUCCCAGCCCGCCUUCCCCAUUGGCGGCAGACUACAGCAUUUUCACUGUCUAUGGGAAUCAUCUACAACCGACGCUUGGGUUCUCCAAAUGUUGAGGCUAGGCCUCACUUUGGAAUUCCGCUCCAGCCUCCAAACUGUUUCAUACAAUGCCCGGUUUCCCAUCUUCCUAUAAAGAGAGGGUUAAUGGAAGCAGAGAUCCAACAUCUGUUGGCGAUCAGGGCCAUCGAAUCAGUGCCAAAAAAUGAGAAUGCACAGGGUUUUACUCAAUUCUAUUCCUGGUGCCCAAGAGUUCAGGCACCUGCAGAGGGAUCUUGAAUCUCAAGCAACUCAACAAUUUCAUUCUAUACAGACAAUUCAAAAUGCAAUCGGUCAAAGAUAUUUUGGGAUGCAUACAGAGGGGCGAUUUUCGAUAUCGGUGGCCUGAUUUCUGUCCAGCUCCCAACCAUCCACUGGAAAAAAGAUGGCACACCUUGGAUGUCAGGAGGGCCCUCCCCAGGUACAUCAAAAGGAUGGCUUCGUUUCAACAGACUGAAGCUCUUUUUGUGUCCUUUCACCCCUCAUCAAUGGGCAGAAAGGUUUCCUCCACUACGGUGAGCCGUUGGCUGAAGGCCUGUAUUUCAAAAGUGUUUGAGCUCAAGGCUAAGUCUUUACCUGGACAGAUUUUAGCCCAUUCAACUCGGAGCACUGCCACAAUGGUGGCAUGGGCCACGCAGGCCUCCAUCAGUAACAUUUGUAGGGCGGCCACUUGGUCAUCAUUGUCACCAUUUAUAAGAAAUUACAAGUUGGACAGUUAUGCCUCAACUGAGGUGUCCUUUGGACGAUGGGUGUUGCAGUGUGUGCAUUCCACCCAGGAUGCAGGGAUCAGUAAGCCUCCUGCCCAGUGACGAUGAACUUGGGUAUAUCCCAUGCUUGGAUUAUUGAAGCAGCGCACUGGAAAACAGAAGCUGACAUACCAGAACGCACACUUUUGGUGCGCUGUGGGAUAAUUCAAUCCACCCUAUAGGCUUCUAAGUUGGGCCCCAUGGUGGGUUCCUUCUGCUUCCUUUUUAGACACACUGGAUGACUGCAGCUUUGUGAACAAAACUGAAGCUCAGCCAAGCAGAGGAGGCGUGGUCAACAGGAAGGAAAAAAAUCUACAUUCAGUCUCUGGCAAAUAGAUGAGAGAUAACCCAUGCUUGGAUUAUCCCGCAACUGGAUGCAUUUGCAAAGAUAAAAAGGUAACAUCCAAAGGGGGUCCAAAACAAUCUAUCUUUGGUGUUCAAAGAGAGGUUAGAGUUCCAUGCCAGUUUUGCAGAUUUAAACCAAUCAACUUGUUUUCAUUUGGAAGGUUCACAUGCAGGAAUUAACUUUUUCUUCAGAAUCUGUGACCAAUAACUGUACAAACCUCCCCCCACCAUUGAUAAGAUGUCUUGUGUUGACUGAAAACACAAGAAAACCAGGCUAAGAGAGUUGUUUGAAUGUUGCCUUCAUUUUAAUUUUGCUUUAAUGAACAUAAUAGUGUCCGUUUACAGAGCUGAUUAGAGAACAAGUAUAUUAAAAAAUUAAUUGUGGAACUGGACAUGCACUAACCAAGUCAGCCACCCCGAUCUACUACUCCCCAGAUGUUUUAGACUAUACAGUAGUACCUCGGGGCACGAAUGCUUCGGACCACGACAAAUUGGGUGCCGACUGAAAAAUCCACUAAAUGUUUCACUCUGGUCACAAACACAUCCUCGGGUGGCAAUCAAACACAGCCACAGCGAUUUUCCCUUCCGCGUAUUUUUUUUUUCUACACGCAUGCACAGUCAGUCUUGCCUCUGGUCACGACCAAAUCGGAUUGUGACUGAAGUCCUAGAAAUGAUUACGGUCGUGACAGGAGGUUCCACUGUACCCCAAAUCAUCUUAUAUAGCUAGAAGCAAGGGAUUGUAAUCAUUUAGCAUUUGUGGUAGCAAUAUCUUCCUACUUUAAGUAGCAUAUUUACACACAAAGUGCUUUCAUGUAUUUGCCUACCAUAUGCAUAUAUGGUAAUAGAUACAUAUAUAUUAACAAAUAUAUUUUUUAUUCCUACCAGAUAUGUUUGCAAUGCCAGGGCAUUAAUUUACUCAAUAGGACAUUGUGCUAUCUUUUAAAAUAAUGCAAAUUUGUAGAGAAUAUAGGAUGACUCAGAACUUUGCUUUCAGCAUUGCUGUACCUGAUCCCUUGGGAAAUGGGAUUUGAAAGCAAUAUGAUUCCUUAACCUGGCAACUAAGUUCAGAGUUUCAUUUUACUGUGAUCAAUAAUGGAUAUUGACAUAUGCAUUUUUAUGCUAUAAUUCUCUCAAGGCUCAGUCAUUAUUGUUAGUAAUCAGAUAUAAUGGGAACUAUAAUGUAAGAUAUUGUGAAAGAAAAUUGAUAAAAAUAUCAAGUUUCUGAACUGUUAAAUGAAGUUUCAUAAUCAUAUCUUAGAUAAACUAAUGUUCAUGAUAUCAGUUUUAAUAGCUGUGCCCAUUAAAACCUCUUUUUCUAUUUCCUUCUAUGUUACCAUAUAUUGGUGCCUUCUCCAAACAAAUUUACACUACAUUAAAAAUAUUUAAACUUUAACUUCAUUACUAGUGCUUGCAGUGAGCAGCAUGGUUUUACUUCAAUUUUGGUACUGAAAAAUUUAUUCUUCUUAGAGUCCAAGGUAUUCUCAAAAACUUUCUCCAUCGUCACAAUUCAAAAGUAUUGAUCAAUUAUCCUUUUUAAUUGUUAACUUAGUUCUGAUAUAUUAAAUUAAUAAGACUAUGGCUUUGACAAUAGGUAUCUUUGUUAUCAAGAUAUUAUGCUUUGCAAAUUGGACUAUAAAUACUUUAAAUAAUAUCAUAAAAUUUAUAUUUAAUACCAUUGAUAGUUUGCUGUCAGAUAUGCUAUAAUAAACAAAUUCUACUUUAA